AUGCCCGUAGUAGGCGGUCCUCUCGACGGUGCUGAGGCGUUCGUCUUCGAUGUCUUUGGCACCGUGAUCGACUGGCACAGCAACAUCGUGGAAGCCCUCAAGUCAGCGGCUCCUGGCGGAAGUACGGAGGACUGGAGCGCGUUCGCCCAUGAGUGGCGCAACGCUUACUUCGCUCAAGCUCGCCGCAUCGCAGAUGGAGGAGAGGGCAAUUCCAGCAUGGACGUGAUCCACGCGCAGACACUGGCCGCCCUGCUAGAAGCCCCUCGCUUCAAACACCUCAGCGACUCCUGGAAUCAAGAGCAGCGACACCGCCUGGUUAUGUCUUGGCACCAAGCCAAAGGUUGGCCGGAUUCGUCUGCCGGGAUCUGUGCUCUCAAAGAGCAUGCGAUGGCGGUGGCGCUGUCCAACGGGAACAUGCGGUUUCUCAUCGAGCUGGCGAAGAACGCCGACCUCGCAUGGGACGCCAUCUUUUCCGUCAACCUCUUCGGGACCUGCAAGCCGGACCCGAAGGUAUAUCAAGGCGCAAUCUAUCACCUCGAAGUGCCCGCAGAGAAGUGCGUCAUGGUUGCCGCGCACUUGUGGGACCCCCGCGUGGCCGCGAAGGAGGGCAUGAAGACUGUCUACAUCCCCCGCGCGACCGACGACCUUGAGGAAGACAAGGACAAUAUCAAGAGUAAGGAUGAAGGUGGAGAAGUGGACCUAGUUAUCCACUCGCUGGAGGAGCUGGCUGGGCUGUUCUAG